AUGGACAUUUUCUUUUACACAGGCAGAGGUCUCCCUCCUUUCAUAUCAAACUCAUCAUUUAAAGCUCUUCAGCUGGCUCUCCCUCAUUUUUAUAGCAACCAAGAAAUUUUUGAUAAAAUUUCUCUGCCUGAGUAUGUAGGAAUUCAAGAUUCUUUAUCAUAUUUAACAAUUCGCGAUAUCAUGAACCCUAGAUGCCAUGUAUUAGGAGGAGCAAAGCCAGAUUCCAUUACAGUCGGAAUUCCAAAUAACCAAAAAAUUACUAUUGAAGAAUACAUGUCAUUUGUAAAUAAAAGCAAAGUUGAUAUAGCUCCCAGCUUAUCAGAAGAAGCAAGCUUAUCUUGUGGAAAUCAUCGCUCAAAACGAUCAGCCAAAAAUGCAAUAGUAAUGCUUGAUUCUUGUUUGGAAUUAAAAAGUCCUGCAUUAAAACUCCUUGGGAAUAUCCAGGGUGGGAAGGAUAUGGAGUCUAGAGAAUUUUGUGCAAAAGAAAUGAAAAAGAGAUGUGUUGAUGGUUUUGUAAUAGGAGGAAUUGAUUUAGAGGAAAGUGGAGCUCAGCUAAGGCGAGUUGUAGGCGCAGUCUAUAAUGGAUUAAGCGGAGAUUCUAGGAUGAUAGUCUUAUCUGGCCCUGGUAGACCUUUAGACAUUGUAUACGCUGCUCAGCACGGUAUCACAUUUUUUGAAAGCUGCUGGCCUUUUAUAUUAGCUGAAAAAGGAAAAGCCUUAGACUUACCACUAGUGAACUUUGAAGACGCUGAAAAUAUUGAAGACAUGGAUUUCUAUGAGCCUGAACUAGACCUAAAUGACGAAAAAUUCGCAAUGCAAAAAGGAGCUUUAGUGGAAAACUGCGAAUGCUUAACUUGCAAACAGCAUCACAGAGGAUAUAUUUACCAUCUAUUAAGGGUAAAAGAGAUGGGAGGAAACACACUGCUAGCAAUACACAAUUCAUUUGUAAUGAAAAAAUUAGUGGAAAAGCUAGCUAAAGCUAAAGAGGAAGGGAAAUUAGGAAGUGUUUAUGCAGAUUUUGUUAAUAAAUACUGCAUGGGGAGUUUCAGUACAAUAAAUUAA